AUGAGCGACACAUGCUCAAGCGGAAGCUUGCUGGAGCAUCACCAGCACACCGAGGUCAAGCUGUCCACAACGAAUGCUGAACGCGACCUAAAUGACUCAUUGGCCGAGAUAUAUAGCAUCAUUGUCACUGUUGAUGCCAUUGAGAAGGCCUAUCUGAAAGAUUCAAUCGCUGAGGCCGACUACACCGAGACAUGCAACCGACUAUUGAAGCAGUACAAGUCUAAUCUUGCAAACGAGGCAGUCGCUCGAGCAUUUGGCGAUUUGGAACAGUUUACAAAGGAAUGGCAUAUGGAAUGCCCUCGAGCUACCGAACGACUACGCGUAGGCAUACCAGCCACCGUCGAACAAGGGCCCUCAAAGUCAGCCCAGCAAGGCGACUUUGCCGACGCAACCCUCGUGGUCAAUGCGACCGAAACCUUUAUCACCCUACUAGAUGCUAUCAAGAUCGGCCUCGUGGAAAAGGAUACGUUACAUCCGCUGCUCGUCGAGAUCAUACAAGCGGUCAAUAAGGUCACAGAUAAGGACUUUGAGAGCAAGGGCAAGAUUGUGCAGUGGCUCAUCACUUUGAAUCAGAUGCGGGCAGCCGAGAAGUUGAACGAUGAGCAGGCGCGAGAGUUUCAGUUCGAUAUGGAACAAGCAUACUACGGCUUCAAGACCACAUUGAAGAAGGAGGAAAUAGCAGGGCCUCAAGUCAACCCAGAAGGUGUAACACGAUACCUGACAAGCAUUGUGAGCAGCGGCCUCCGGUGGAUAGAAGAUGAAGAGGCCAAAGAGGAGAUAUGGAAUCAGGCUAGUUCGCGACUCAGCGAGCGGUCUGGCCGGUCAGCUAUGGGCGCCAUGUCGCGCAAGUUCCGAAUCCCCUCGCCUUCCGGCUCGUUCGAGCUUAGUAUCCACGAGCCUGCUCUCACUGGGGACGAAUUGGGCUUGAAGACGUGGGCAGCCUCCUAUUUACUCGCCAAGCGCCUGCAGACUUUCCGUCUUGUCCCAGCGAACAUAGAAGAGAAGCCUCAGGUUCUAGAGCUUGGAUCAGGUACUGGAUUAGUAGGACUCGCAAUGGCAGCCCUGGGGGCCCAUGUCGUUCUCACGGAUUUGCCCAGCAUAUGCUCAAAUCUUGCGCGCAAUGCGCAAGACAACUCUGAAGUCGUAAGUCAAAACGGUGGAUCUACACGAACAGCUAUCCUCGAUUGGACAAAUCCCACCUCCUGCGAGCUUUACUCAGACAGCUCCAGCGACGAAGAAGCAAUCACAGCAAGGUUUCCCUUGAUCCUCGCUGCUGACUCAUUAUAUUCUCCUCACCAUCCGCGCAUGCUAGUCGAUACUAUCAAAUUGUGGCUCUCCAAAGCCACCAAUUCCACGGUCAUCGUAGAGUUCCCGUAUAGGGAUGCAUAUCUACCUGAGAUCAAGGAUUUCCGCCAGCGAAUGAUUGGCAUUGGACUACAAGUAAUGGACGAAGGUGAAGAGAAGGGCUACGAUGACUGGGGCCGGUCUGGAGCGAACAAUGACCAAGACGAAAGUACGCUCGUGACUUGUUGGUGGUCUCGUUGGGGUUGGGAAAUGUCGCACACCAGCUGA